AGAAGAGCGCGCGGCGGGCAGGCGUGCAGUCGGCCAGCAGACGUGCAGGCGGCGGCGGGCCAGCUAGCCGAAUAAGAGUGAACGCGUCCGGCGAGACGGGAAGCUGUUAGUGUACAAUUGAGUUGAAUAUCCCCUGUAUUAUGAACAAGACACUACAUUCUGAAUAGAAUACAAGCCUAUCUGGAUGCUCCAAGAUGAAGCGCAGUAAGCCUUCUAGCAGCAGUGAGAGUUCAGAUGAUUGUCCUUCUACUUCAUUUUUUCCUGGCAAACUAUAUAAAAGCAAAAUCAAGUCAAAAACUGAAAAAGAACAAAAGAAACCUGCUGAGGUAUUCCGGAAGGACCUCAUCAGCGCUAUGAAAAUUCCAGAUACUCACCACAUUAAUCCUGAUAGCUAUUACCUCUUUACUGACACAUGGAAAGAAGAAUGGGAAAAGGGAGUCCAGGUCCCAGCCAAUCUGGACACUCUGCCAGAGCCUAGUGUCAGGAUUAUAUCUGAGAAGGUAAAUAGUGUUCCCUUUGUCCUACCUCGGAAAUAUAUUCGUUGCUCCAGCCCAGACCCUGAAGAGCCUGGCUUUGUCAACAUCAUGGAGUUGUCAGCAGCUACAUGUCGUUAUGAUCUGGAUGACAUGGAUAUCAUUUGGCUUCAAGAACUCAAUCAUGACCUUACAGAAAUGGGUCAAGAGUCAGUUAACGAGACACUUAUGGAAAAGGUCAUAGAAGCCCUGGAACAUCUUUGCCAUGAACGCAUGAGCCAUGCUAUUAAGACAGUGGAAGGAUUAGGCAUAGAGUAUGAUGAAGAUGUGAUCUGUGAUGUGUGCCGCUCUCCAGACAGUGAAGAAGGGAAUGAUAUGGUAUUCUGUGAUAAGUGUAACAUCUGUGUGCAUCAGGCCUGCUAUGGUAUCCUCAAGAUCCCACCUGGCAACUGGCUGUGUCGUUCCUGUGUUCUGGGUAUUCGUCCAAAGUGUCUAUUGUGUCCAAAGAAAGGUGGAGCCUUGAAAUCUACCAGGAGUGGGAGUAAAUGGGCUCAUGUCAGUUGUGCUCUAUGGAUUCCAGAGGUCAGCAUUGCUUGUCCUGAAAGGAUGGAACCAAUCAUAAAGAUAUCCCACAUACCACCUAGCCGAUGGGCCUUAGUUUGCACCCUGUGCAAGUUGAAGACAGGAGCUUGUAUUCAGUGCUCUGUAAGAAGCUGCACCACAGCUUUUCAUGUCACCUGUGCCUUUGAGCACAACCUAGAGAUGAAGACCGUCCUAGAUGAUAGCGACGAAGUAAAGUUCAAGUCAUUCUGUCUCAAGCACAGCCAAAACAGGCAGUCACUUGGGGAGGUUGAGCCCCACAACCACAGAGCUGCCGAACCAAGCCAGACCAAGAAUGAGAAAAAUAACGUGAGGGCACAGAAGCUUCGUGAACUAGAAGAAGAGUUCUAUUCCUUCGUGAAAGCAGAAGACGUGGCUGCAGAACUAGAGCUACCCAUGGAAACUGUGGACUUUAUCUAUAACUACUGGAAACUCAAACGCAAAAGCAACUUCAACAAACCAUUAUUUCCUCCCAAGUUGGAAGAAGAAAACAUCCUGGUACAGCCAAAAGAAGAAAAUAUUCACACUCGCAUGAGAAUGUUUAUGCACCUGCGGCAGGACUUGGAGAGGGUCCGAAAUCUGUGCUACAUGAUAAGCAGAAGAGAGAAGCUGAAACUCUCUCAGAACAAGUUACAGGAGCAGAUCUUCAACUUGCAAGCCCAGAUUAUGCACGACGAAAUUGCUACAGGAUCUCCUUUGACAAAUGCACUGGAGAACGCACUAUUUUCCUCACCAUCAAAAGUUGCCUUAAAGUCGGGGGCCAGACCAAUACCAGAAGAUUGCAGAAAUGGCACCAUAGAGACUGAUCAUCGACCCUGCUCCCCUAGCAGUGGCUUGCUUACUCUCAGUAAAAGAAGCCUACAGGUGCCUGAAGUGCCACUGGACCUGCAAGUGAAAUCAUAUUCAAUGCCUCCACUAGAAAGCAAGAAAAACUGUUUGCUCGACAGCCUCAACCACUCUCAGAAUGAAGCCAACAGUCCCAGUCCUACUCAGAAAUCUCCAUCUUCUGAGUUUUCUCAUGGGCCAUCAGUGGAAAUGGAGAAGUCUCCAGUCUUUGAGGCUGUCCUCUAUGGACAGUCUCGUGCCAACAGUGGAAAUAGUGAGCCUAGCCCCAAGUCUGCCAAGUCAAAUGGCCUUGAGGACAAUCUGCCUUUGAAUGUCAUCCAGGAAGCUAGUGCUAGUGAGAUACUCGGUAACCAGGAGCCCAUGGUAGGCUCCCACUUAGCUGGUCAGAGUAGCUUUAGAAAAUCAACUUUGGAAAAGUUCAGAUCCUUUAAAGAAACAACCAAAAAAUGGAGAAGGAGCACUGAGGGCCCCCAAUGCUAUGUGAAACCAACUAAGAGUAUAAAUCCUAAAGAUCAGUUCCGGGGUAGGCAGCUUCUCAGGCGAUCCUCUGAGAAAGCUGCAUAUCCAGAGACCGAUGGUUAUUGCCCAGAUUUGGAACUGAGUGAUUCUGAGAGCGAAAGUGAUGGAAGUAAGGAAAAAGACCUUGUAAACAAAGAUAGCUCAGACAAGGAAAGCCCUCCUCAGGAUUCUGAACAGGAUUUCCAUAGGGAAAGCGAGGUACAUCCUCUUCCCCAUGGUUCAAUGCAGAGAUGAUUAGAAACUGCCAGUGGUCCAAUAUUUGCCCCAGUUACUGGGACAAAUCCAAACACCAAAGGAUUCUGGCAUAUAUUAGGAGGAAAUACAGUAAAAGGGAAUUUUUUCCACAGUAAAUUGAAUUGCAGUAUUUGAAAAGGUUUCAAGUCUUAAUUUUUACAAGUAUAUAGUAAGAAUUACAGAUUAUGUCUGGAAGUUGGUUUGUCAGGGGUUGUUUGGAAACAGCUAGGUCCAGAGUUACUUGUUCAGUGAAUGCUCAGGGACUGCUUUCCAGUUACAUUAACAUACUGCUAAGUAUGUAUUAAGGGUCCUUACAUUGCUAAUGGUCUCUGUUUAUGUAUUAAGGGUCCUUACAUUGCUAAUGGUUUACAAGAGACCAUGAUUAUCAGACACUAAAUCUACUUACUAUUUGAAACUACAAUAUAAUUCCCAGAGCUCCAGUCUCUGGAAAGUUUCUAAUACUGGUGUCUCAAGGGAGAGACUGGGAGAGAUUAUCUGUCAGAUACUGUCAAGCUCACUACCCUCUUCCUUUGCUUCUGGCUAGGUGGAGUUUCUUUGACAGAAUCAUAACUUACCAGUCAGUUCUCCUAAUGCUUGAAGUGUCCAGUGCCUGUUCUUAGACCUGCUUGUUGGGGACAUACUCAUAAUUCUUUUACCCAGCUAACAAGCAUAAAAGGCUAACUUGUAAUAGUGUUUACAAAAGUACACAUGUACUACUUCCAAGGAAAAUGCUCUGGUUCUCUGUUUAGGGAUUUUCGAAGAAUCCCAGAGUCUUUCCCAAAGUGAGAUCAUUUCUGGGAUAUUUGUACCAGAUCAGGGUUUUCAUGUUGUUUUCAAAUGAGUUUGGCUGACAGUUUUUGUAUUCCUGCUUUAAUGUUUAUAAGAAAUUUUAUUGAGGUAUAAGGAAAAUAUAAUGAAGCGCACAGAGGUUAAGUAUUCUUAUUUGCUUUAAUUUUGAAACAGAUUUUUAUUUUCAAACAGAAUUUAAGUCAUGUGUUUAUCACAUGCAUAUAAUUUAGCUUUGUGUCCAUUUUGAAUCCAAGGCAAUUUUCCAAACAAAAAGGCUAGAGCCAUUUUUCACAGGUUGUUUGUAUACCCUCCUCCAAAACUCUCAGCCUUGGUUCCUUCUUUCUAGAGGAAGAGAAUAAUUACACUUCAGGGGAAGGGGUGAAACACGUUUGCUUCCAUUUUGAAAAGAAGGCAAAAUACCAGUUUUAAAAUGUGAAGCAAACUGGGAUGCUCAGCUCUCUUGUUGUUAGCCUUAAAUCAAUAUUCUCUUUUUUCUAGCUUGGAAAAAUGUAGUAACAAUUUUCAAACAGAAGAGGCCAUUUUCAAUUUCUAAAGUUUUGUACUGGUGAAAUAGCCCGGCUCUGAUAAGGUGCCAGUGAGUGAAGCCUACGCUGGUUUGGUGGCUACAGAAAACUCAAUGCACUUUGCUUCACCCCACUUUUGUUCUGACUUUGUCAAGAAAAGUUUCUUGUGCUUUUCUCCCUUUCUGGAAACUUCUGUAUUUUACAUGUUGCUUGGCUGUCUUCAGAAUGUUUCUUCUGUGCCUAUGUACAAGUGUGAAUAUGCCAUGACGUGUGAUGUAGAGCGUUUGAAUGGAAAAAUGGAGAGAACUUGCCCUUACACCUGAUGAAGCUUCUGUGCAUAAAAAUUUGACACUUUCAUGGUAACAAAAUUAUAAGAGAAUUAUAAGAGAAUUGAAAAGGCCUCUUGGUGUUAGAGGCCAAUACAGGAUUUUAUAUUCAUCCUGUCAUGCCUUUCCAUUUUCUGUGCAUGGAAGAGAAAGCAAAUGGGAACAAUAUACUUCAGCCACUUUCCAUAUGCAAUGCCAUGGGAAACUAUCAUUUCAAUCAGGGAAAUAUAGUAAUAAUAUUUUUGCAGCAUUUUUCUAAAUAAAUGAAGGAGCCUUCCAUUGUAUACAUUUCAACUGCCCCAGAUUGCAUUUGCUACAUUUUGUUUGAAGUAUUACCUCUUGCCUCUAUUAAUUUUUUAUCUUAGAAAGUCUGGUUUUUCAAGAUAAAUACAAUCUGUUUUCAAAGUCACC